AUGUGCUCCCUGCAUACGUGCAAGUGCGCUCCACCCCCUGUGAGUGUGCAUGCGCGUAAGCAGCCCCCUGUGCACACUGCCACAGGCAUGUAUGCCGGCACGCUCCACCCCCCUGUGGGCACGCCACACCCCCACAAGCGUGCCAUGCCCCCCAAAACCGGUCCGCAGUUGGGAAAAGACCCACCAGCUAUUCCAAUGGAUCCUGCAAAUUCCUACGCCUUUCUUGUGAGAGGUAUUCAUUCUCUUGCAGUCACUGGAGAUUUCAAACCUUGUGAGCUUCUGCUCACUGGAGACCGAACCCUUCCCAUCCUUGUGGGUCCAGACAAGCAGGUGCUCAUUGCCGCGUCCCAGUACGGAAAAGGGCGGAUGGUGGUUGCCGCUCAUGAAAACAUCCUGCAACUUCCCCAGUUCUUGCCAUUGGUUAAAAAUGCCCUGGAGUGGCUCAGGCCUUCCUCAGGAGCCCAAGUGGGGGUCCACCAAAGCAUGGAUGCCCUCUCGGAGAUGCUCCUUGGCAGUGGGGUCAAAGUCCAUCCAGGGGCAGCGCUCGGGGACUCCCUCGGGGUCUACUGCAUCGAUGCCUACGACGAUUCACAGGCGGAUGAGCUUGUGCGGUUUGUAAAACGAGGUGGUGGGCUGCUCAUUGGAGGGCAGGCCUGGCACUGGUCUUCCAUGCACGGCCAGGAGAAAGUCCUGCAGGAGUUUCCUGGGAACCGGGUGACCAGCGUGGCCGGAAUAUACUUCACUGGCAACGUGGGAGAGAACGGGGUCUUUCCUGUGCCCCAGAACAUGCCAAGGAUUCCCCUGAUCAGCCAGCAUGGACUGGACCUUCAACAUGAUUUAAACACUCUUCUGAACGGCGUCCCCGAGUUCCAACUGCAAGACAGCGUCCCUUCUCGCCUGCUCAUCCACGGGGUUUUGGCAUUUCCAAUCAGCAUGACCGAUUCCUAUGAAACAUUCCUUGGAGCUGCGUAUUAUGGAAGAGGACGUGUUGUGGUCACUGGACAAGACUUUCUGCUUGACACGCUAUCAAAUGAAAAGUUUCUACUCAAUGCCAUCGGCUGGCUUACUGCUAGGAAGGGAGGGAAAGUUGGCCUCGGAGGUGACUUCCAGACACUUUAUUCCAUCUUAAAUCGGGCCAGGAUCCUGUGUGAGCUCACCACUCUUAAAGAGGGCCUGAGUGUCUACUGCUGCACAGCCUACAGUGAUGAAGAAAAGGAAAAAAUCCAUGAAUUUGUUUCGGAAGGCGGCGGUCUCCUGAUCGGAGGGCAGGCUUGGUACUGGAGUAGUGAAAAUCCUAGCUCCCAGGCCAUGGCUGAAUAUCCAGGGAACAAAAUACUUAAUAAGUUUGGAAUCGGAAUCACUGGGGAAAGUAUAUCGAGUGAAAGCUAUCCAGCAGGCCAGGGCAGAGAUGUGGCGUCAAGCUACCACUUUCGGAAAGCGCUCUCCCAGUUCAGGGAGCACAUCCUGAACAAGAAAGCUCUACAGCCACCCUACUCCGCGUGGCUCAAGAAGCUAGCGCCAGAUGCCUCCACCUUCUUAGAAAUUCCAGCUGCCAACUCCCGUCCUUUCUCUUCUGUUCACGAGGACAUGGUGGAGAGCGUCCAGAUCCGUGGGCUUCCUGCUGUCAGUGCGAGCAAAUCAGUCAGCUCCUCCUCGGAUGAAGCCGUUUUACUCGACUUCGCUUGGGGUCUCUACAAGGCCAUACCCGAGUUCCAAAACCUAGUCCCCAGCCUGAAUCGAUAUUUCACAAAACCUUAUCCGAUAGCUACACCUCAAACCAUCAGGAUCAAUGGCACAAAUGAUGGAGAAGAAUCCUGGAGAAGCACAGGCAUGUAUGUUCCUCCAGCAAAGACCGUGACUUUACUCUUCCCAUCAAGGGCCACUGCUGCUGAAUUUCAGGUACAGAUUGGCUGCCAUUCUGAUAACUUGAGUGAUGCCGAGAAGCUGGAACGUCCUCCGGUGGUGGUAAGACAAUUCCCAGUUACGAGUCAGAGGAUGGAGGUGUCCAGCUUGUGGGGCGGCCUCUUGUACAUCAUUGUGCCAAAGAAGUCUUCCGUGGGCGCCAUCUCUGUCACCGUAGAAGGCGCGGCAAUGGCUCCGUAUUUCAAGCACGGUGAAACUAGGGUAAGCGACUGGCGGAACACCAUACGCCAUUACCCAGCGCCCUGGGCUGAGCUAGAAACUAUGGAUAUCAUCUUGACGGUGCCCUCAGACGAGGCACGCAAAAUGGACGAUCCAGAGACCCUGCUCUCCACUUGGGCCUGGAUGAUGAAAGCAGUGGCCGAAUUGGCCUCCAUUCCUCCAGUCUUCCCCAGACCUGAGAGAAUCGUGACGGAUGUUCAGAUAUCAGCUGGUUGGAUGCACGCUGGCUACCCGGUCAUGGCAAAUGUGAGGGCGAUACAAGAGAUUGUGGACGUCCAGGCCUUCCAUACAAAGGGGAUCUGGGGCCCUAUCCAUGAGCUGGGUCACAAUCAGCAGAACGAGGGAUGGGAUUUUCCGCCCCAUACCACGGAAGCCACCUGCAAUCUCUGGUCUGUUUAUGUCAAUGAGACGGUACUCAACAUCCCCAGAGGGAAAGCCCAUUCAGACCUUCAGCCAGAUCUAAGAAAGAAAAGGAUUGAGAAAUAUAUACAAGAAGGAGCUCAGCUGAAGAACUUUGAAGAAUUCACUGCACUGGAACCCUACUUACAGCUUCAGGAGGCGUUUGGGUGGGAACCGUACAAGCGUCUCUUCGCCGAGUACCGAAAGAUGACCAGCGUUCCAACCGACAACAAGUCCAAGAUGAAUCUCUGGGCAGAAAGGUUUUCCCAGGCCGUGAGCAAGAAUCUAGCCCCUUUCUUUCAAGCCUGGGGGUGGCCCAUUGAAGACAACAUUUCUCAGAAGCUGGCCAAAACCUACCCUCCAUGGGAAGAAGACCCCAUGAAGAAAUACCGAUCUCAAUAAACAACUAAAGAGGAAGCUAAGAAAAAUCAUGUCGAAUUCACCAAAGGAUCCUUCCAUGGCUUCCACAACUAGCGAAACAUUUAAAAAGCACUGUGCUGGCUUUUCAUGGCUUUCUCGUAUUUCUUUUCACCAAUCUUCAAAUCAUUCUUCAUACGUUUCAGUUCUUUCCUCUGGAUACAUUUGUUUUCUAAUGUUCUUCUUCACCUGUGGUGACCUGAACUCCAUGUAGUAGCCCACACAUGGUCAAGCUAGUACAAG